AAGGAUCCAAUAGGAAUGUCUGUUAGCGCAUUUGGAGUGGGUGUUGCCUGUGGUAGAAAGUUUAAAAGAGAAUGGGUGCCCUGCCAUCAGUCAGCAGAAGCAUCAAUCAACAUGAUCCCCAUUGUGCUGGCCUCAGUGCUCAUUGCUAGCGCCCUUGGGUGCGGCACACCGCCCAUUGAGCCCCUGGCGUCCCGUGUGGUCAAUGGAGUUGAUGCCAAACCCCACAGCUGGCCCUGGCAGAUCUCUCUGCAGUAUGAGAGGGAUGGUGUUUGGAGACACACCUGUGGGGGAUCUCUGAUUGCUAACAACUGGGUCAUGACUGCUGCUCAUUGUAUUAAUCCCAAGCUCUCCUACAGGGUGUUUGUUGGCAAAUACAACCUGAUUGAAGAAGAGGCCGGCUCCAAGGCUAUCCUGCCUGAGAAGAUGAUUGUGCAUGAGAAAUGGAACCCCAUCCUUGUGGCCCUCGGUAAUGACAUUGCCCUGAUCAAACUGUCAGAGUCUGUGACUUUGAGUGACCAGGUGCAAUUGGCAUGUAUCCCCCCUGCUGGCACCCUGCUGCAGAACCUCUAUCCCUGCUACAUCACCGGCUGGGGCAGACUGUACACCGGCGGCCCUAUUGCUGAUAAGCUGCAGCAGGCUUUGAUGCCUGUGGCUGAUCAUGCCACCUGCUCCCAACCUGACUGGUGGGGAAUCGCUGUCAGAACCACCAUGGUGUGUGCUGGUGGGGACGGAAUCGUGGCUGGAUGCAAUGGUGAUUCCGGUGGCCCUCUGAACUGUAAGAAUGCCAAAGGCGUCUGGGAGGUCCACGGCAUUGCCAGCUUUGUCUCAGGACUUGGAUGCAACUUUGAGAAGAAACCAACUGUCUUCACCCGAGUGUCUGCUUUCAAUGACUGGAUCGACAAGGUGAUGAUGAGCAACUGAAGAAGACAGUGCCAAUAAAAAGCACCCCAC